ACCAUGUCCUCCUCCAUCAAAAUCGAAUCCGUCGUGAAGGAGAAGAACAGGAUGGGAGAAUGCCCAGUCUGGGAAGAAAGGGAGACUGCACUCGUCUAUGUAGACAUCAACUCACAGAAAGUUUGCCGCUGGAGCCCACUCACCAACGAGGUGCAGAGCGUUUCCGUGGACGCCCGUGUCGGUUCGGUGGCAUUGCGGCAGUGUGGGGGCUACGUCAUCGCCCUGGGGACCAGGUUUGCCUUUCUGGACUGGGAUACUCAGGCAGUCACCACCAUCGUCGAGCUCGAGCAGGACAAACCCAACAACAGGUUCAAUGAUGGGAAAGUGGAUCCAAAGGGGAGGUUUUUUGCUGGUACCAUGGCUGAAGAGACGGCACCGGGGCUCCGAGCGAGGCAGCAAGGCGCUCUCUAUACCCUUUUCCCCGACCAUUCGGUAAUAAAACAGUUAGACCAGGUGGACAUCUCCAAUGGUCUGGAUUGGUCCCUGGACCACAGGACCUUCUUUCACAUCGACAGCCUGGCAUACGCUGUGCAUGCCUUCAGCUAUGAUGUGCACACUGGAAAGAUCGCCUGCCCCAAACUUUUGUACCAUCUAGAAAAGGAGGAGCAAAUGCCUGACGGGAUGUGCAUUGACGCAGAAGGGAAGCUCUGGGUGGCCUGUAUUGAUGGCGGCAGAGUCAUUCGUAUAGACCCAGAGACAGGAAAAAGAAUCCAAACUGUGAUGCUGCCUACUCCGAGGAUCACCUCUUGCUGCUUUGGUGGAAAAGACUACUCAGAAAUGUACGUGACUUCUGCAUAUGACGGACUGGAUGAGACCACCUUAGCCAAGGAACCUCACGCGGGAGAGAUUUUCAAGAUAACAGGCCUGGGUGUGAAAGGCAUCCCACAGAAUUUCUAUGCUGCUUGA